CGCUCAUUCCCCAGCUGGCUCAGGCGCGCAGCUCGGCUCCUGGUGGCUGUGCGCUCUGGCCGGGCCAUGCCGUCCUACACCGUGACCGUGGCCACCGGCACCCAGUGGUUCGCGGGCACCGACGACUACAUCUACCUGAGCCUGGAGGGCACCGCGGGCUGCAGCGAGAGGCACCUGCUGGACAAGCCCUUCUACAACGACUUCGAGAGGGGCGCAGUCGACUCUUAUGAUGUGACUGUGGCAGAAGACCUGGGAGAAAUCCAGCUGCUAAAAAUUGAGAAGCGAAAGUACUGGUUUCAUGACGACUGGUACCUCAGGUACAUCACUGUGAAAACGCCAGUAGGUGACCAUCUGGAAUUCCCAUGUUACAGAUGGAUUACAGAGGAUAAAGAGAUUGUCCUCCGAGAUGGAAGAGCAAAGCUGCACCGAGAUGACAAGACUCAGAUCCUCAAGCAGCACAGACGCAAAGAACUUGAAGAACGGCAAAAAAUGUAUCGAUGGAAGGAAUGGCAUCCUGGUUUUCCUUUAAGCAUUGAUGCGAAUUGUCACAGUGACUUGCCUCGCGACAUCCAGUUUGACAGUGAGAAAGGAGUCGAUUUCAUUCUGAACUACUCCAAAGCGAUGGAGAAUCUCUAUGUCAACCGCUUCAUGCACAUGUUCCAGUCCUCCUGGAGUGACUUUGCAGAUUUCGAGAAGAUCUUUGUCCGAAUCAGCAAUACAAUCUCUGAAUACGUGAUGCAGCACUGGCAGGAAGAUUUUAUGUUUGGAUACCAGUUUCUGAAUGGAUGCAAUCCUGUAAUGAUCAAAAGAUGCAGAGAGCUACCCAUAAAGCUUCCAGUUACCACUGAUAUGGUAGAAUGCAGCCUGGAAAGGAACCUGACUCUGGAAGAGGAAAUAAAGCAAGGGAACAUUUUCCUUGUGGACUAUGAACUGCUGGAUGGUAUUGAUGCCAAUAAAACAGACCCAUGCACAUUACAGUACGUGGCUGCACCCAUCUGCUUACUGUAUAAGAACAUGGAGAAUAAGAUAGUUCCCAUUGCUAUCCAGAUCAGUCAAACCCCUGGACCAGACAAUCCCAUUUUCCUCCCGUCAGAUGACAAAUACGACUGGUUAUUGGCGAAAAUUUGGGUUCGCUCUUCGGAUUUCCACAUGCAUCAGACUGUGACCCAUCUUCUGCGGACACACUUAAUUUCAGAAGUGUUUGGUAUAGCCAUGUUCCGGCAGCUGCCUGCUGUGCACCCCCUUUUCAAGCUCCUGGUACCUCAUGUGCGCUUCACAAUAGCCAUCAACACCAAAGCCCGAGAGCAGCUCAUCUGUGAAUGUGGCCUCUUUGACAAGGCGAAUGCCACUGGUGGAGGUGGGCAUGUGCAAAUGGUCCAGCGAGCAACGAAAGAACUUACCUACAGUUCCCUCUGCUUCCCAGAGGAAAUCAAAGCCAAAGGGAUGGACAGCAAGGAAGAUAUUCCAUAUUACUACUAUCGGGAUGAUGGCAUCAAAGUCUGGGAGGUAAUAAAGAGCUUCACAACAGAUGUGAUUGACAUCUACUACGAGAGUGAUGAGGUCGUGUGUGAGGACGUGGAGCUUCAGGCCUUCGUCAAGGACGUCUAUGUCUAUGGAAUGAAGGGCAACAAGUCUUCAGGAUUUCCGAAGACUAUCAAGACCCGUGAGAAGCUAUCGGAAUAUCUAACUGUGGCGAUAUUCACAGCGUCAGCCCAGCACGCGGCUGUGAAUUUUGGUCAGUAUGACUGGUGUUCCUGGAUUCCCAACUCCCCUCCAACCAUGCGGCAGCCUCCCCCUACAGAAAAGGGGACAGUCACAAUUGAGCAGAUUGUGGAGAGCUUGCCAGACAGAGGUCGCUCUUGUUGGCAUCUUGGAGCUGUCUGGGCCUUGAGCCAGUUCCAGGAGAAUGAACUGUUCCUGGGUAUGUACCCAGAUGAGCACUUCAUAGAGAAGCCGGUGAAACAGGCCAUGAUGAAAUUCCGCAAGGAUCUCGAUGAGAUCGUGAGCGUCAUCACUGAACGGAACAAGAACAAAAAACUACCCUACUAUUACCUUUCCCCAAACCGCAUCCCCAACAGUGUCGCUGUCUGAACGGAGCUCCAUGAGAGGUUGAAAGUUUGGAAAGCUCCAUGACACGUACCACUUAUGAGCAGGCCAUCAGCAAAACAAGAAGCAAUUCAGACUUCACUCAAAGUGGACCCUGCGUGGUUUUUGAGUUACAAAAUAAGUUUGGUUCUUACUUUAAUCAUCUUACAUGUUAAUUAUUAUCAGGAAACAUCAGUUCAGAUGUGUUCAGAAGUUCAUCUUAAACAUUUUUAUAAAUAUUCAGACCCAGCAGUGUUUGCAAGCCAAAUUGUGCAUGUGAUCAGGAAAGUUCAGAUGACUAGAAACUGACUGAAAACAGAAACAGACCGGUCUAUUCACAUCUCACGCUUAACUCAGCUUGGUCAGCAAAAAUACACAUCAUCAGGCGCAGCAAGUAAAUUAGAUUUUAAUUCUGUUUUAAUAAAUGGCAAUGAUAUCAGGAACACAACAAAGCAAAUUUACUUUUUAAAACUGGGCUUGUAAAUCCAAUUUUUAAUGUAUUUUUUAAUCUUAGUCAUAAACUUCCUGAUUUGGAACCAGAAAUAGAAGCCAGAAAAUAUCAUUGUGCAUUAAUAUGAAGUGGUGUGGUCUCAUGUGGAAGGAGGCUACAGUAAUUUUUUUGAAUCUGGUUAUCUUUCUACAUGAAAUUUUAAAAGUUCUCUUCUCAGUGUCUUUCAACAGAUGUUCUGUAGUAUUGCGUAUGGACAGACUUUUCGCUAGCACAGCAAUAAAUGUGACUGAGAAGUGCUUUUGCUCAGUUUGUUUCUUGGCUGAGGUGGGUGGUUUUCAGGGUUUGGUUCACCUUUUUUGUUUAGUUUAGGUACAAUAUGGGCUCAGUGUUUAGAAAUGAAAAUCUGAGGUUGUAGAUCAAGAGGGCUGGUAUGGGAAUAGAAAGGCCCCAGCGCCUCUGAAAUCAGCUUCUCAGUGUCUGCCCCAUUCAGCACAGUUCACCUUCUUUAUCAGAAGGCCUCUUUCAUUAAGUAACUAUUUUUUGUCAGUACCAAUGAGUAGUUAAGAUCAGCUUCACUGGCUGUGUGCAUGUACAUAGACUGCAGAAACACCCCCACCCUGUCCCCCUCCAGCAUGCACAUACAAGGAUACCUAAGUGUUAGAAAGAUCAGGGACAUAGAACAAUCUGUGUUUUGCUUCCAUGGCCUUUUAGCUGAAAACCCCAAAUCUUGACCUUGAUCUUCACAGUAUCUAAUCAAUAAAUAGAACAGCUUCUUUCCGAAAGCUUGGGAUGGGACUAGUGUGUGAAAAGGCCCUGGACCAGUUUGAAUCAGGGCUCUUUGGUGUCAUCUAACAGUUCCACAUUUUCUCUUUGUGCUGCAUUGAAGUCACUAGGCUUGACUAAUACGUGAUCUGGCUGCCACUGCAUGACACUAUGCAUUUUUGCAAAUAAUUUCUUGGAAAAAGGAGAGUACCGUUGGUUAUAAAGAAACUCAGUACAAAAGGCUAAAUUCAUUUGUGGUGUAACCUCAUUGGUGUUACACCAUAAAUGAAGUUGGUCCACUCUUUUUUUUUUUUUUUUAACACAGUAAUAAUGAAUGUAGAAAUGAGAUUAGGGAAAUGUAAAGGGAAGGUUUGUGCUUUUGCUAAUAACACUCUUGGUUAUUUCUCUCACAUUUUGUUGCCUGAAAUAUGCCCUUGUGCCCUUACAGAAUGUAUUCUCCAUUGAUAAGUCUGUUUUGCUAAUGGAAUAAAACUGAACAAGAAAAUCA